AUGACAAUACCACAACCUCUCCCUCUCCACCCCACCAUCUCAACAGCAACACUAAAAUCCCGCUCUCCCACUCUCACAAAACUGCUCAAAGCCCGUCCGGCACCGAUCAGAGAGACUGCCCUUCUUGCUGCGGCAACGUCUCUCACCAAACCGGUCAAACCGCCGGCGGGAGAUUGUUGCGGCAGUAGCUGCGAUCCUUGUGUUAUGGACUUGUAUGCGCAAGAGUUGAAGGUGUGGAAGGAGUGUGUGGAUUUGAGAGGUGUGAUUGAGCAAGACAGUGAAAAUGGAGAAGAGCUGGGCAGAGAGGGUAAAGACUUGGAAGGAUGUAAAGUCCCUGGAGCUUUCGAGUGGUAA